AAUUAUUGUUAAAAACAAAAAUUUUAUUGUGAUUGCUACAGAGUCUAUUUCCCAAAAUGACCGAUCCAAACGUGCCAAGAGGAGCCCUAAGCUUGCAGAAUGUUCUGAAAUAUACGGUGCAACACCACGAUCCAAAUCCAGAAGCAGCCCCAAAGUUGGAAACUCCCGAUCCUGAGAGAGCUCAGUUUUUGGCAAAUGCCCUAAAUGCCAUGACAGUGGAUGCUGCAGCGGCCCUGAAAGCAGCUUUGGUGAUCUUGAACAGCGAAGAAUCCAGCACGGACGACCAAAUCGAGAGUCUGGAUGUCAUAAGGAGCCACAUCGAUGACAUCGACAAUGCCAUAACGCUGGUGAAGCUAGGAGGAACUGCAACUCUACUCCGCUACAUAACACAUUCGGAUAGCGAAGUGCGAGAAUCGGCACUCAAUACUGUCGCUGAAGUGGCCCAGAAUAAUGUAUUUUGUCAGAACGCCCUCAUAAACGAUAAGUUUUUGCCUGCACUUGCAAAGAACUUGAGCCAUUCGAAUCCGAAUACCGUGCGGUGCUCCUUGUAUGCGAUAUCAUCGCUGAUAAGGAACUUUCAGCCUGGAUACGACGAGUUUAAGCGCAUAAAGGGGAUCAGGUCCUUGAUACCCUGUCUGAAAUCCACAAAUACAAAUGUCUACGUGAAGACUGCUUUUCUAAUUGCAUCGUUAACUUCAAUCGAGAAGUCUGUCAGAGAUGAUUUUGUGAAGGAAGAAGUGUUUCCUGUGCUAGUGGAAAACCUUAAGCCCGUUGAUGACUUUGAUAUCAAACAAGAAACUACGCUUUUUGCACUUUCAUCUCUUUCGCGGGAAUCGGAGUUAAAACUCUCUACGGAAAAACGAGAGGAAAUCCUAUCGAAGCUUCAACAAAUUAUUUCCAAAAACAAACAGUCGGAAACGUGUGAAGACAUGGUUAAUUAUGCAAGAAAUAUUUUUGACAACUUAAGUGCACAUUAAAAACAAAUCGAUUUUUCACGUAAAUGUUAAGUUAAAUAAAAUGGGCUUUGAAAGU